CUCCUCCUUCUUCCACCACCUCCUCCUCCCCUGUUUCAAGGGAGUAAGAAAUCUACACUGAGAAAUCAUCAAAAUCAACGAUGGUUUGGUUUCAGUGUGAAACUUGUGGUGAGAAUUUGAAGAAACCAAAGUUACCUAACCAUUUCAGAUGUUGCUCUGCUUACAAGUUAUCGUGUAUUGAUUGUGGAGUAACAUUUAGUCAAGAAUCUGUUCAAGCUCAUACUCAGUGCAUUUCUGAAACGGAGAAAUAUGGUCCAAAGGGGGCUGUGAAGCCUGGGAGUAAUACACCAGCUUCUGCUAAGUCGAAUGCCAAGAAGAAACCUGAUGUCGAUACUAAUGUGGGUUUAUCUACUCGACCCCCGUGGAAUUGUAGCCUCUGCAAAACUAGCGCCACUAGUCAGCAGACUUUGUUGCUUCAUGCUGAAGGAAAAAAACACGGGGCCAAAGCUAGAGCUUUCUAUGCUUCUCAGCAACCACCUAAGCCAGCAGAAGAGUCCACUCCAAAUGUCACUGAUUCUACUGUUGAAGCUCCAAAGGAAGAGUCACUUACUAAAGAAGACCUACCUACUGACUCUGUCAAAGUGUCGAAGAAGAAGAGGAAAAUUGAUUCAUCUGUUAAUGGCAACUCUGAUAAACCAGUUGAAAGCACUGAGGUAGAAGUUGAAGAAAAAAAGAAAAAGGUAAAGAAGGAAAAUGGUUCUGCAAAGAAAAGUGAAGAUACAGAUGAGGAAACUGCAGAUACUAAUGAAGCUGGCACCAAGAAAAUUAAGUGGAAGAAGGUGAUUACAUCGGUCUUAAAAGCGCAAACUAAUACUAAUUGUGCUUUGGAGAAACGGAAACUUCAAAAAGCUGUUAUAAAUACCUUGAUAGAAACCAACUGUGUGGCGGCAGACAUUGACGCUAAACGUCGGAAGGAGCUGAAGGAAAUGGUUAUGCAGCAGGUUCAAUCCAGUUCAAAGUUCUCAUUGGAUUUAAAUCAUAUUGUCAAAUUGUCGAAAAAAGAAUGAGAAGGGGGGAAGAGAAGAGAUGAGAAGAGAUGAGAAUUUAGACCUGUUUUCUGUUGCUAGCAUUAUUACUUGAUGAAAUGUACAAGUAUAUUGAUUUUUGGAUAUUGGGUCUGGUGAAGUUCCCAGUUUUGUACAUGAUCUUUAGAAUGAUCAUGUUAAGAGCCUGUUUUGGUUCCCAAUUUGAAUUUUUGUAGUCUUUCAACAGAGUUCCUAGUAUAGUUUUCCGUCUCUUGAUAG